AUGACACCAAAUGGCCACGCCUCCGAUAUUGACCCAGGCAAGGAAACCGUUGGCGUCUACAAUGCAAGGUCUGUGACGGAGAUCCAAGCUGCUUUGGCUGAAUUGCAUAACAAAGAAGCCAAUGUGACUUCGCGGCUCGAUGCUCUAAUCAGUGCACAAAAGGAUCUCCAACACGAGCUAGGUCGACUUGACCUGUUCCGGGCCAAUGUCACUUCUCAGGCUUCCAGGACAAGGGCUGUCAACAGCGGCAUGCUUUCGGACGCUGCAGCCAAUGCGCACCGUAUAUCGAGUUCGGUCAAGCAACUGGAUCUAGAGCAGGCAAGGGUGAAGGCGACCCUCACUGUGGUCGAACAGGUCGGCGAGCUGAAGGCAUGUGUUUUGGGUGUCUCCGGGUCAAUGGGAGCUGCACAAGACUGGGAGACAGCGGCGAACUAUCUCAGCAGAGCCUCCAAAAUUCCCAGCGAGGUGGUCAAUGGUUCUUUCGCAGCCAGAAUUGUACCAACUACAGAAGUCCCUGAUGCCCCAGCUGUUACUUUGGAGAAUGCCUCCGAGUCAUUGUGCGGGUUGUUUAUCAGAGAAUUCGACAAAGCUGUUAGAGACAAUGAUGGUGCCAGAAUCACCCGGUUCUUCAAGCUGUUCCCUCUCAUCAACAGAUCCGACGUUGGCCUUGAUGUGUAUGGACGCUACGUUUGUCAAGGAGUGGCUGCGCGUGCCCGGGCCAACCUUAAUGCUGGCACAGGAGGCAUUCAAAGCAAAGACGGCUUCUUCUAUGCAAAUGCUCUGACCAAAAUGUUUGAGCACAUUGCUCAGAUUAUUGAGGGACACGGUGGACUGGUCGAACGCCACUACGGGCCUGGCAAGAUGACUCGAGUGAUUGAACGACUGCAAGCUGAGGCUGACCUGCAAGGAGGCAUCAUUCUCGACACUUGGAGUGAUGAAAGAAGGAUCGAUCGUCACCUGACUGAAAUCAAAUCUUAUGCCUUCACUUUUCUUGUCCAAAGCUUCAUGGCCUCCCAGCGAGCACCUUCUGCAACCCCUCGCGCGAACUCGCCGGUUCCAGGUAGAGCUAGCGAGGACGAAUCUGUCGAUAUGAAGCAAGUUGACGCCUUGCUCAACGAGAUGACAGCUAUGCUCAGUAAAUGGUCUCUCUACACCAGAUUUGUCUCCGACAAGUGCGGUGGUGCUGCAUCCGCCGACAAGCGCCUUACGAUGCCCGUUUUCCUUCUCAACUCGGGUCUGAUGAGGAAGGUGCAAGACAAACUCAUUGCACCGUUUAACACUAUGACGACCUUCUUCUUCCGCCGGUCGGUGGAAAAAGCAUUUCAGUUGGACGAGCAGCCUGCUGAUCUUUCGCUCAAUCCUCACAAGCCAUUGAACUCCAAUCCCCCUCAUGUGACCUCUGCCAUUGAAGACAUCAUGUACAUUGUCAACAAGGUUCUACAACAAUCAUUGGCCACUAUGCAGAAAGCUGUUGUCUCCAACGUCUUGCCCACCCUGGGCAGAGUGCUGGGAUCCGACUUCAUCGGCAUGGAGCAGCGCAAGAUGCGCGACGAGAGCUAUCCCAAAGCUGCAAUGCAAGGACAACUGCCACCUGAGGCAACCAUCGUCUCGUUCCUGGUUCUCAUCAACAACCUCGAUGUCGCCAAGGACUACGUGGAGCAAAUAGUGCGCGCACGCUUGGAACUCAGAGCAGGGUCUCCCCAUCCUCCCCUCGGGGAACUUUUCCCUGGCUCCGAAGAAGCCGAUGAAGUUGCUGCUUCAUUGACCUCAUUCUCCACUAUUUUCUCCGAGAAAGCCAAUGAGCUCAUCUCGGACGGUGUGAAUGUGGUUUUCCACAAUGUCAUGAAGCCUAGACUUCGCCCCAUUCUGAUGGAUGCAUUCCGGGACACGGAUUACCAGCUGACAAAAGAGCAACUCCAGGACAUCGCCCAGGAAAUGGACGAGGUGGGCGAGGCAGAUGGAUUCUCAGAUGAAGUCCGCAUGCGCUUCCAGCUAGGGUGGGAUGCGCUCACAAAACCUAUCGGACGCAUCAUGACGGAGCGUACGUAUGAUCAGCUUCUGACCAUUGUUAUCGCCUAUCUAAGCAGAAUGCUGGAGAAACGGCUUUGGACUUACCAUGGACGAGUCAACGAGAUUGGCGCGGCCAGACUAGAGCACGAUAUCAACGAAAUCAUCAAGGUGGUGGUCAGGGGACAGAAGUACAGUUUUCGAGAGGUAUUCCUGAGAUGCAGCCAGAUUUGCAUGAUCAUGAACAUGGAUGAAGAGGAAUGGGAGGAGUCGAACAAUUCUGGUGGCGAUUUCGCUGACAAGUUAAAGCCGGAGGAGCGCCUAAGAGCUAGGAACAUGGUAAAAGAACGUCCUGCUUGA